AUGCCUGAACUAUCUCGCAGUAUUGUGUCUCUCAUAGACGAAGAGGUCGUUGACUCUACUCCAGUAUCAGAGAUUGCGCGCCCUCGUGUACGACGUCAAGACUCUUGCGCAAGCACCCGAAGCAAACGUGAUCACAAUAUCAACUCCGACGACUCUGAGAAGAUGAUUGUUCCCAUUGUUAAGAACAAGGGUCCUCUGUCAGCCUCACGAUGCUCCUGUCGCCAAGGAUCGAAAUUGCCUGCAAAGUCCAUCACAGCUUCAGAGGGCUCAUCGCAACCUUCGUCCCAAAGUCCCUCGCGCACUACUGUCGUGCAUGGCUUUUGGCCUUCCCAGAUUCCUCCCCCUCAAACUAUUCCUGGUGCUGCUCCAUCCUCAGACGAGAUUCAGGAGCGUCAGUCAUCGCCUGUGUCUAGUGAACAGGGCCAGAGCCUCAGAAACAACAAGCCUGUGUUCCAGAUCGGCAGCUUGUCUAAAGGCUACGGCUCCCUUCAGAGCGCCGCGGCUUCACGACACCCCAGCUCACGUCUAUCUGAGAGCAAGAAGCAUGUCUCGUUCAGCAACAAUGCUAUGACACCAAUAAUGGAUUACGAGGCUGCUGUAGACUCUGAUACCGACGACUACAACGGCGAGAGCGCCAUUGAUGAUAAUGACGACUCUCCGGAUUAG